AUGUCGUCCCUACUCGAAGAGUACCAUCCAGCUUCUGCGCUUCAUCAGACCGCUGCGGUGAACGGCGACGCGCCUCAGCCAUCUCCGAUCCCGUCCUUCCAGCUCCGGCGGUCCAUGCCAAGCGGUGGAGAAGUCGAGCUUCUUAUCCAAACGUUUGAUGAUCGUAUUCUCGUCAUCAUCACGCAGAAUGGCAAGGUCGGAUGCUUAACCCAAGCUGCACUCCCCGCUGUAGUUCCCCUCCCUCAACCUCCCCGUUCCGCACCAACCUCAUCCCUCUCCCACUUCCCUCCACCUCCACCCUCCAUCACUCUCACAUCACUCCUCGGCUCCCCACCUAAUCGGGCCUUACACGAGACAUACGUCGCGCAUAUCGCGACGCUCAUAUGGUGGACGCUGCAGGAGGUCAAGGAGGCAAGGAGGCCGGUAGUCGUAGGGCUGAGUCUGGAGAGGAAACGGAGGGGAGUGGAAGGGCAGAGUGGGGUGGAGGAUGAUGGCGAAGAGGGAAGUCUAGAGCUGGACGAGGUGGAGAGGGAGAGGUUCGAAGGGGUGUUGGGAAUGGUAGCGGAAUGGGCGGGGCCGAAGGGAUGA